CACGCAAGAAUUUCGAUUAUCAGGUGAUCGCAGACUAGUAAAAAUUUGGCCGCGUUUUCUAAUAUUAACCCUUUCCAACAUAAACAAAUUCGUGGCGUGGAAAAAAGCAAUAAAAAAAAAAGGAGUUUUUUGUACUCAAAUUUUGAACGUUUUGGUGGAAAUUGUACGCGUCCGCUGUUUACUGUUUUAAAAAUCACCUGCAUCAAAUAAGAUAAGGGUUACCGCAAACCUUUUAUAGAGACGAUUUUAAUUACUUGUUUAGUAUCAACUUCUGCAACAUUUAUCAUGACUAAUACCCCAGAAACUUCGGUGAAGUUUGAUACAUCUCAUCAAGUCAUAGAGGAUAUUGUAUAUUCGCUAUCGAACCAUAUUUUUUCAUAUGCUGAGCAUGUUCCUUUGAACCGCUACUUAACCCAGUGGAAUGACAGUGGUCGUAAAAACGGAUUCUCAAAUAAUGUGGAAUUGUUUAACUUAGAGGCUCGUUCUGGCGCCGCUGGUUUAUUGUUGGGAUCCUAUACCGCUGCCAUUUCCUCUCCUGGCGUGUAUGCAAUGAUUACCCCCUCCAGCUGCCUUUCUUUAAUGAAUCCCUUGAUCUCGAACAUUGGUCUUUUUUAUGGUACUAGCAAACCUCUUGUUUUGCACGUUGCAGCUUUGGACUAUGUCGAGCAAGCCUAUCGCACAGACAAUACGAGCGUGUUGGACUUUGCCUACUUGAACAAUUUUACUGUGUUCACUUCUCAAUCUAACGUGGAAGCUGCCUACAUGGCUCUUGCAAGCACUAUCGCUGCGAAGAAAAGUCCUACUGUCCACGUCUAUGAACCAGAUGCAAUUGUCUCAGCCUUGGCUCCUAGUCUUCCUACUCUCGAUACCGAAGCCGUAAUUGAUUGUUUCAAUUCGUUUGAAUCAGAUCAAGAUCCGAUUCAAAAUGCCGCCAAUGCCCUGACCCAUAUCAAUAACCAUUUCUCCACUAAAUACAAGCCAGUUGAAUACGAAGGUUCUUCAUCUGCUUCUAAGGUUAUUGUUACUUUUGGUAAGACGGAAACCACAGCGGCUCGUAAUCUACUUGCUGCCAACCAGGAUUUGGGAUUACUUUCUAUCCGUACUUUCCCUUUCUCCGUAGAGGAGUUACACCGUAGCCUCCCUUCUGCUUGCAGAAAGGUUGUUGUCCUUUCUCAAGUCCGCUCAACUUCUGUUAGCUCCCCUUCUUUUUACUAUUCCUCUAUCCUUGCAAGCUUGUUGGACACUGAAAACCUUCAAUUCUCUGUAGAAGAGCAACGUUAUGCCGUCAAAGAAUCAUUGACUACUAACUCUCUUUACAAAGCUCUUUCCGACUCUUUGGGUCUAAAUUAUGCUUCUCCUGUAGCUUCUAAGGUUGAAAAGAGUAUUAGUUUCUGGGAACUUGACUCUUCUGAAUAUUACAUUCCCUACUUGGUGUCUGCUCAUAGAACCGACAAAUCAAGGUCUGUCGCUUUUCGUACACUGUACGACAAUUUGGUGCUUGCAGGUGUCCGAUUUACCACUAUUCAACUUUCUGGUCGAGACGUUCUUCUUACUGACGUUGCUCAUGAUUUGGAAGCUGACGUCUCUGUGGUAGCGAAUGAUAAAAUACCUUCAUAUUAUAGAGUUUUAGCCAAUGCUGCUAAGCAGUCUAUUUGUUUGCUGCAGACUUCUAUUUCUCAUGAAGAAAUCACUUCCAAGCUUCCUUAUGAGUUUUUGACGGACAUUACAAAUAAAGAAAUUAAAUUAGUUCUCGUUAAUCCAAAGAAAUUUGCUAUAAACGGUUCUAAUUUGCCUAUUUUGAGUGCUUAUGUCCAACUCUUCGAGCCUGGAUUAGGUGCUACGGAAGCUUUCAACGUUCUUUGUAAGGAGAAGGGAUUUAAUGAAACUAUUCGCAACAGUGCCAUUGAUUCUUUGAAAGAGGCCUUAUCUUUUGUUAAUGUCGAAGAAGCCUCAUUAAAAGAACGUGAACCUAGUGACAGACAGUUACCGUCUGUGGCCGCUGAGACAUCUUUCGGUUCUAACCCUAUCAAAUCUCUGGAGGAAGACGUUGCACCACGCACUUCUAGUUGGGAGACUGUUGCCCAGCAGAUGAUGUUCCCCGAAGCUUACAAAAAAGAAGAUGUUCUACGUCCGGAUGUUUCUGAACAAGUUUACACUGUGCGAGUGAAAUCCAAUAAGCGUCUUACGCCCGCCUCAUACAGCCGUAACAUUUUCCAUAUCGAAUUUGACCUUGGAAAUUCGGGCCUUACUUAUGACAUUGGAGAGGCUCUUGGUGUAUAUGGUGUAAACAAUAAAAAACACGUUCUUGAUUUUAUUGAAGAGUACGGACUAGAUGCCGACGAACUCAUUCAAGUCCCUUCUACUUUUUACAAGGGUCAUUGGGAAACUCGCACUGUUUAUCAAGCAUUGUCUCAAAAUAUUGAUAUCUUUGGAAAGCCGACGAAGAAGUUUUAUGAACAAUUGGCUCAAUAUGAAACCGACGAGAAGGAACGCAGUGAUCUCGAGACUUUAGUCAGCCCUGUCGGUGCACCUGACUUUAAGCGUCGUGUUGAGGUGGACAUGCUUACAUACGCCGAUGUUUUAAAGGAAUUCAAGCAUGCAAAAUUGAGCGCAUCUGAGUUGGCAGUUGUUGUACCUCUUAUUAAACGUCGUGAAUAUUCAAUCUCUUCUUCCCAAAGAAAGCACAAGGACAGUGUGCAUUUGCUAAUCGUCGUUGUUGACUGGAAAGAUGGUAUGGGACGUGACCGUUAUGGUCAAUGUUCUCAUUAUUUGUCUAGAUUGCGAGCUGGUGAUCCUGUAACAGUCGCGGUGAAGUCUUCUGUGAUGAAGUUACCCAAGUCUCCAGAAAAGCCCAUCGUUAUGGCAGGACUUGGUACCGGAUUGGCACCUUUCCGAGCAUUUUUGCAAUUCAAAGAGUGGCAGCGACUACAGGGCAUUCCCUCUGGAGACAUUGUGCUUUACUUGGGUUCACGUACACAACGUGAAGAAUACUUAUAUGGUGAAGACUGGGAAGCUUAUCAUGCAGCCAAUUUACUGACAUUCAUUGGACAAGCUUUCAGUCGUGAUCAACCUUACAAGAUAUAUAUUCAAGAUGUUAUGCGUUCUUCUAAGGAACUUUUGAAGAAGACUUUGAUAGAUGAAGGAGGUUCUUUUUACUUGUGUGGUCCUACUUGGCCAUUGCCCGAAAUUACCGGUGUAUUAGAAGAGGUGAUUCAAAGUUCUGCUUCUGAGCCAAUUGACGCUCGCAGGGUCAUAGAGCAAUGGAAGGAGGAACGUCGCUUCGUCAUUGAAGUUUAUUAAAAGAAAGGAUUUUGCAGUGUUAUUAUAAAUGGUUAUUCUUUUUUACUCUAAAUUUCCGCAUAAUUGCAAAACCUGUAAAAGGGUUUAUUGAAACAGUCCAUGCAAUUUUAUUGCAUAAAGUGAAUCAAUGUUUAUUGAAGC